CUGAUGGUCUCAUUAGACCAGGCGAUGUCUGAGGGAGAAAUUUGCCCAGCAAGAAUUAAAGAAGCCUUAUGGGGGGUUUAUGUUCCAGGAAUGUAUAUGGUGGAUCAAUUUCUUACGGAGACCCUCGCCUCUCUCUUCUUACAAAAUAUAUAA